UUCAAUGUGUGCGGUGCAGAGUUGCUCCAGGACCGUAUCUCUGUUGGUCAGCAUAGCAAGGAUUAACACAGGCAACACAGACGGGGAACUGCUUAGCCUGAAUCAUGCACGUCGUCACCGUCAUAACAGCAAACUGGGAGUGGAGCAGAAAUUGUGCAAGAUACGGAUAAGACACGUUUUUUAAUUUCAUCGCGCGCGGUUGCCUAAGUUGCUGCCGAAUUCCCCCCGAACGGUAUAAUGCGUGAAGAAAACUCUCGUCUUUGGAAAACUCGCCUGUUGUUGGUUGCGCCUUGUGUAUGUCGGUGUGAAGUGGUCAGACUGGGAUAGAGCUGGCGACUUAAGGACUUCCUCCAAUACCUAACGGAUACCUUUUUUGUUUUACUCGUGAAUUUGUGAAGUGGAGGGAGAAAAGAAAAGAGAAGGCGACUUGAGUAACUACUCCACCUUCAAACAUGGGGAACGCAGGGAGUAUGGACCAACAAAAUGACUUUAGGGGACACAACAUGCCUUUAAAACUACCAAUGCCGGAACCUGGUGAAUUAGAGGAACGAUUUGCGGUCGUUUUGAGCUCCAUGAACCUCCCACCCGACAAAGCCCGACUCCUGCGCCAGUACGACAACGAGAAGAAAUGGGAGCUGAUCUGCGAUCAAGAGCGCUUUCAAGUGAAGAAUCCCCCGCACACAUACAUCCAGAAGGUCAAGAGCUAUCUGGAUCCGGCUGUCACCAGGAAGAAAUUCCGCAGACGAGUGCAGGAGUCGACCCAAGUCCUCAGAGAACUGGAAAUUUCAUUACGCACCAAUCACAUAGGGUGGGUCCGAGAGUUCCUCAAUGAAGACAACAAAGGGCUGGACGUUCUGGUGGACUAUCUGGCUUUUGCACAGUACGCCGUCACGUUUGAUGGCGAGGCCCUGGAGAAUGGCACAGACAGCACCAACGAGAAGUCCAAGGCCUGGAGCCGCUCCAUAGAGGACCUGCACGGCACCAACCUGCCCUCCCAUCUCACCGGCAACAGCAUCAACAGACCCACCAGACACUCCACACUGAGGUCCAACAACACGUUGCCGCCGAGCCGUCGAACGCUGAAGAACUCGCGGCUGGUCUGCAAGAAGGACGACGUCCACGUCUGCAUCAUGUGCCUACGCGCCAUCAUGAACUACCAGUACGGCUUCAAUAUGGUCAUGUCCCACCCCCAUGCUGUGAAUGAAAUUGCACUAAGUCUGAACAACAAGAAUCCCAGGACGAAAGCGCUGGUGUUGGAGCUGCUGGCUGCUGUGUGUCUGGUGAGGGGUGGCCACGAGAUCAUCCUCUCCGCAUUCGACAACUUUAAAGAAGUGUGGGCGGAGGAGCAGAGGUUUGAGAAGCUGAUGGAGUACUUCAAGAAUGAGGAUAACAACAUCGACUUCAUGGUGGCGUGCAUGCAGUUCAUCAACAUCGUGGUGCACUCAGUGGAGGACAUGAACUUCCGGGUGCACCUGCAGUUCGACUUCACCAAACUCCUCCUGGACGAGUAUCUGGACAAGUUGAAGCAUACGGAGAGUGAUAAGCUGCAGGUCCAGAUUCAGGCCUACCUGGAUAACGUGUUUGACGUGGGCGCUCUGCUGGAGGACGCCGAGACCAAGAACGCAGCGCUGGAGAGAGUGGAGGAACUGGAGGAGAGCAUGUCACACAUGACGGAGAAGCUGCAGGACACGGAGAACGAGGCCAUGUCCAAGAUCGUGGAGCUGGAGAAACAGCUGAUGCACCGCAACAAGGAGCUGGAAUCCCUGAGGGAGGUGUACAAGGACGCCAACACGCAGGUGCACACGCUGCGGCGGGUGGUGAAGGAGAAGGACGAGGCCCUGAAGCACCACGGCAACCUGGAGAAGAAGAUCCACGAGCUGGAGCGGCAGGGCACGCUGAGGAUCCAGAAGAAGAGCGACGGCGACAUCACCAUCCUCACCACCGGCCCCCCCGGCGGCCCACUGCUGCCCCCUGGAGGGAUGGUGGAGGGCGGUGGGGUGUACGUGGGGGGCGGAGGGGUGGGCAGCAACGGCAUGGUGGUGGGCCCAGGGACGGGGACGGGGACGAUAGCAGGGCCGCCAGCUGCACCGCCACUGCCACACGAGGCUGGCUCAGUGCCAAACGGUCCCCUGGAGGCUCCAGCUCCUCCUCCUCCUCCACCUCCCCCUCCGCCUCCUCCUCCUCCUCCUCCGCCCGGUCCGGCGGCAGAUAUCCCCAUGCCACCGCCGCCUCCCCCCAUGGCGCCCCCACUGCCCGGCUCGGGCACCCCCACGGUCAUCUUCAACUCAGGGUUAGCAGCUGUUAAGAUUAAGAAGCCGAUCAAGACCAAGUUCCGCAUGCCUGUCUUCAACUGGGUGGCCCUCAAGCCCAACCAGAUCAACGGCACCGUCUUCAACGAGAUCGACGACGAGAGGAUACUGGAGGAUCUGAACGUGGAUGAGUUUGAGGAGAUGUUCAAGACCAAAGCGCAGGGCCCCGCCAUCGACCUGAGCUGCAGCAAGCAGAAGGCCAUCCAGAAGCUGCCCAACAAGGUGUCCCUGCUGGACUCCAACCGGGCCAAGAACCUGGCCAUCACGCUCAGGAAGGUGGGCAAGACGCCCGAGGAGAUCUGCAAGGGCAUACAACUGUUCGACCUGCGGACGCUGCCGGUGGACUUUGUGGAGUGCCUGAUGCGCUUCCUGCCCACGGAGAAUGAGGUGAAGGCCCUGCGUCAGUACGAGAAGGAGCGCAAGCCGCUGGAGUGCCUGGAGGACGAGGACCGCUUCAUGAUGCAGUUCAGCAAGAUCGAGCGUCUCAUGCAGAAGAUGACCAUCAUGACCUUCGUAGGGAACUUCGCAGAGAGCAUCACGAUGCUCACGCCGCAACUUCAUGCAGUAAUUGCGGCUUCAGUGUCGAUAAAGUCCUCGCAAAAGCUUAAAAAGAUUCUGGAGAUCAUUUUGGCUCUGGGGAACUACAUGAACAGCAGUAAACGAGGGGCUGUCUACGGUUUCAAACUGCAGAGUUUAGAUCUGUUGUUAGACACCAAAUCGACGGACCGCAAGCAGACACUGUUGCACUACAUUGCCAACGUGGUGAAGGAGAAAUACCAGCAGGUGGCCCUUUUCUACAACGAGAUACACUACGUGGACAAGGCCGCCGCAGUGUCACUAGACAACGUGCUGCUGGACGUGCGAGAGCUACAGCGGGGGAUGGAGCUGACCAAGAGGGAGUACCAGAUGCACGGCCACAACAACAUGCUCAAGGACUUCAUCGCACAGAACGAGGCCAAGCUCAAGAAACUACAGGACGACGCCAAGAUUGCACAGGAUGCUUUUGAUGAAGCUGUGAAGUUCUACGGAGAGAACUCCAAGACGACGCCUCCCUCAGUCUUCUUCCCCGUGUUUGUGCGCUUUAUCAAAGCCUACAGGCAAGCGGAGGAGGACAAUGAGCAGAGGAAGAGGCAGGAGCAGAUGCUGAUGGAGAAGAUGCUGGAACAGGAGGCCAACGAACUGGAGAACCAGAAGUCUCCGUCACAGAAGACCAAGGGCCGUCAGCAGCAGGAGCUGAUCGCAGAGCUGAAGAAGAAGCAGGUGAAGGACAGCCGGCACGUCUACGAGGGCAAAGACGGAGCCAUCGAGGACAUCAUCACAGAUCUUCGCAAUCAGCCGUACAGACGAGCCGACGCGGUGAGGAGGAGUGUGAGGCGGCGCUUUGAUGAUCAGAACCUGCGGCCGCUCAACAACACAGAGGUGGUGAUGUGAGGGAGCCCAGCAUGUGACGAUGUGGGAAGAGCGAGUGACAGAGAGAAAGAGAGAGAGAGAAAGAGACAGACAGAUGGAGACGGAGAUGGGGGGGGGAGGAUGGGCUGAUGGAUGAUGCCCCAAGAUGAAGGACUGUACAUGGGCAGGGGAUUGAAGAUGAUGAGGUCUGGAAGGUCACACAAAGUGGGGAACUUUUUAGACAACGCCAAGUGCCUGAACUUAAUGAUUUCUUUUCCUUUGUACUUUUAUCUCGUUUUUUUUUUGAGCGGAUACGAUCAGAAUGUUUUAUGACUUCAGAUGUUUUGUGUUUACUUUUCAAGUAACAACUUGAUUUGGCUUUAAAAAUGUUCUUUGGUUUUUUUUUUCUUCGUUUUCCUAGUUGUAAAGAACUGGACGCAUAAGAAACAGUGUUGUAUUUUUUUUUCCAUUUACCUCCAUUGUUUUGUACCCUCAGAAAGGACAGAAUGUAAAAAAAGAGUAUACUUCUGUAAACAUUAGUGUUAGCAGAGGCGGUCGCACUAUGAAAAGGCCACGGUAUAUCUUCUUACAUUCCAGUGCUUUCCUUCAGGUGCAGUCAGUCAGUGAAAAAGGUCAUUAUGUUUAUUAUUCCAAGUGCUCAACACCCCAAACCCCCCUAUACACAAGGGCUAUUUUUUAUAUGAGAUGCAUCUUGUACGUACAUCUUGUAUGUCCAGCCAUCGAGACUAGUUGGUCUAUAAGAAAGUGUAGUGAAUGUGGUGUGUUUGUACUGUACUGUACGUAACAAACCCUUACGGAGAGAUGAUGUUACAAACGUAGCGGGCGUAGAGGAAGUUGGCAGAGGGUGCGGAGGAGAUGGGAUGUUGUGCGGGGGGAGAUGUUGGGGAGGAGUUGGAAAGACAAUAAGGCCAAUGUGAAAUGUACAAGACCACAGGCAAGGCUGUCGAUGCCUUAGGGCUUAAGGCUAGCCAGCCAGUGUGGCAAUUUUAUCAGUGUUAGCAUGGUUAGAGGACCAAGCCGUGAAUAAAAAUGGACCAGUGCUGUGAAGCCAACACAGCCAAUAAUCUUGUCAAGACAGACGGGAAGUGGGGACUGCCAUGAGCCCAACGUCCACGGUGACAACUCAUAUCAGAGUGUUAAGACAAAGUGGCAGCACAUGUGGCCAUUCUAGUCAGGGACACAGUCAGGGAGCCAAACAAAAACCCACUAUGUUGUUCAUUGAAAACUGCACUGCCACCACUUAACUGUAGUAGCGAUAAGGAUCAUCAGCCCUGCGAGGCCUGUUGGCUGCUCGAGGGCCCCAAGCGUUAGCCUACCUAUGCUGCCUGUUAGCUAGAUACAUACGGCUCUGACUGGAAGGAGUGUAGCAUGGUGUAGGCCAGGGCCUGUGCUGUGACGCGUCAUGAAAUCAUCACUAUAUACUAUAGACAGGAAAUCUAUGGAACUCAAGACCUUGCAGUGCAGUGUAUGAGUAGAGUAAGCGACAGUACUCUUUGAGUAUUAGCCCACAAUACUCAUUGAUACACUAUAUGAAUUGAACGCAGAAAGAGUUGAAUUAUUUUUUUUAAAACCCAAACGGGCGGAGAAACUGGAUUUGAGUGAACUUUCUGGCAGUCUGGAAAACAGAAUUGAAAAAAAAAAAAAACCUGAAUGAAAAAAAAAGCUGCUUUCGAGGAAGAAGGCACUAGUGUCCACCAGUCUUGAUUUUCUAUUGUACAGUAUUUAACCACUAAGACCUUUUAGCCAUUCCACUCCACUUCACUCCACUUAAUGUGGACGCCAGUCUAUUUCAACAUCUAGUUAUAUUAAAAUACUACAAAUGAAAACAAAAAAAUAAAUGUACAGAUAUUUUGCUACGAUUUUUUUUUACUUUUAAAAAUCUACUCAUUUGCAAAAAAAAGGAUAAUAUUGUACAUAUUGUUUAAAAAAUACAACACUCUGUGCUAUAUACAUCUUGAAUGUUAUUUUAACUUAUAGUUUUUUGUUUGUUUGUUUGUUUCAUUUUUGUAUUUUAAAUUAAGCUGAGAACAUGAAUCUGGCUAACAUUGGGUGUGGUGAGGAAAGGGGGCUAUGCACCAUAGUCCAUCAACGUGGCAGAGGAAUGAAUGAGACACUUUGUCGUCUUGAUGUGUGCAGCAGCCUAGAAGCAUUCCCGUCAUAGUCCAACCAUCUGCUGUUCUUAACACCGCCAUCUUCAUUCUAUAGACUGGAUUAAUAACUGGCAUGUUUUUUUUUAUGUUUUGUUUUGAUCAGAAAUAUAUUUUAGCCAGUACAAAGGUGUGUAUCACAAUACUUUUUAAUAACAGAUCUCUAAGUUAGAUCCAUGACUUCUCAAUGACUAUGAUUAAAUAAAACUAUUUACACUA